AUGGCAGUCAACACUAUAACUGAGAGAGCAGCCACUGCUGCCUGUAGAAAUAGAUCCCAUCUGCUCAUGAUGGGAGACCUCAAUCACGGAAGGAUAGACUACGAGAACAAGACGAAGAGCGUGAUUCAACAUAACAUUAAUACUAAGUUCGGUGCCAAUGGGGUUGCUGUCUUCAACCUAAUUAAAGACCUGAUUUCGCUGAACUUGUGGAUGAGCUUAGUGCUGUGCAUGGGCCUGGUGAUGCCGCUAGUGAUGCAGCUAGUGGUGCUAGACGACCCUUUGCCCUCGACGCCGGCUGCCUGGGCCUCCAUAAACACCACAUCUACCCAUCAAUGCUCACCCAUAACUAUUACCUACGAUAACCCUAAGGUGGUGAACUGCAGCUCAGAAUAUAUGACGGAGGCGGGUGACAGUGGUUCUCAGGGCUGGGAGAAGGUGUGGUGGGUGUCGGAGCUGCUGCUGGGUGAAGGCAGCCUGGAACACUCGCCUGUGUUCCUGGGCUAUUACCCAGUGGUGCUGCUGGAUGAUGUGUACCCUGUGGCGGUGAUGCACCUACUGGCCGUCCUCACUGUCUUCCUGAUGUCGCUGGUGGCUGUGUUGACGCGAGUCGGUCAGUGGCUCCGUUACAAUUCUGCCUUCUUGGGAAGUCAUACCUUCUCUAAGAUGGUCUUCACUAGCUGGGACUUUUCCCUAAGACGGUUGUGUGGUGUUCAAUCCAUGCAGCAUAUUUUGAAAAAUGAAAUUCGUGCUGCGUUUGAUGAAGAUCAGUUCCAGCGGUCAAAGUACAGUCGAUCUCGUACUCAAGUAGCAUUUCUCUACAUUAAGCGUCUCUUUGUUAACUGUGUUAUAUUUGUGGCAAUGUCUGUUGGUUACAUGGUCAUCAUCGUCAUCACUAAUUAUCGACCAUUCCUAGAAGAUAGGAUUGAUAACAAAUAUCCAGAAGGAACCUGGAGAAACGUAACCCUUAAUUCUAUCAUUAACUACCUGGACACAGUGACGGUGUGGGUGGUGGGUCUGGUGCUGCCGCCGCUGCUCUCGCUGCUUGGCACCAUGGAGGAGUACAGCAGCCGUGUCUCUAUGCUUCUUUUUAUUUUUCGUAAUGCUGCUGUCCGUCUCAGCUCUCUGGGAGUACUGGUGAUAUCUCACCUCAUUGUGGCCUCCUCCGACAGCACGGAAGACUGUAGACCAGCCAUGCCAUGCUGGGAGACUGCUCUUGCACAGAAACUCUACGCUCAGAUCAUGUGGGACUUUGUGAUACGAGUGACAUGGACUGUCCUACUGCUCACCAACAGGCUCCUAACGAUGCUGUUCUGUCUGAAGAUCUCUGUCUCCUUGCCAGAAUUCGACGCGCCAAGCAGAGUGCUGGAUGUUCUUACCCUCCAGACCAUCUGCUGGCUGAGCAUCGCUGUGUCGCCGCUCCUGCCGCUCAUGGUUUUGGUGUCCCUUUUCCUCUUGCUGCUGCUUGAUGUGGUUGGAGCACUGCUUGUCACAAAGUCGCCCAGUCACAUGUUCCAAGCCUCGCACUCCUCGGCCAUGUUCAUGGUGGUGUUGGCUGUGUCUUGGGUCGGAGCCGCCACCGUCACCGUCGCUGUUUUCUUCUUCGUCCCGCCGUCCCUGGCCUGUGGACCCUUCAGAGGCCUGACGGUCGCUUGGGACGCCAUCACUAACUACAUCUGUAACCUGGACGGCUACUUCACCUGGCUCAGGUAG